CGGGGCGCUGCGUCAGUGGGCGGAGCCGCGGGAGGCUCGGACGUCCUUCUGAAACGGCUCUCCUUCACACUCCAGAGACAACUCAGGAGAAAUUAAAGUUAGCAAAGAGUGUGAGGGACACUCUGCCGAAAAGUUUGUCUUCUCUAAACCCACUCUGACUUCAGUUUUGUAGACGGCAGCGACAGAAAGAGCAAGAAAAAACGACGCGGGUGGGCCACCUGAUCCAGGGAGAGGGAUUUAUUUUCCUUCCACAUUCCUGAUGGAGUCCUAUAGAGUGCCUGGCAUUCCUAAUACCGGACAACAGCGGGGCUUUGCUCAACCGUCUCGACCUUCCAGGCCACAUGGUAAUGAAGCUGGCACAUACGGCCUCAGCAUCCGAGUCCAGGGGAUAGAUGGACACCCGUAUGUCGUUCUGAACAACCAGGACAGGGGCCCUCACUCCACUGACUCCUACAGCAAUGGUUACAUUGACAAUGAAGGCUCCUUUAUUGAAAAUUACCAAGACUAUGACUUCAGGGGUAACAAGGAGGCCAGAUCCAACAGCCCUUUCAUGGAGUACAGGACACAGAAGAUGAUGCAUCACCCUAGCUCUCAGAAUGGAGUUAGUGACUCACAAGCAAAGAAACCCUCCCCUCUUCUGAAUUUUCAAAGGCAUCCAGAGAUUCUGCAACCGUAUGAUCCAGAGAAUAAUUCACUAAAUCUAGAAAGUUUUAGCAGCCUCCCGUCAAGGCCUCUGGUUCAACCUGAGAACCAGUUAAGAAGUUCAUCCUCCAAAUUUGCUUUACCGGUCCGUGAUAGGUCUUCAAGCUUGGAUCGAAAAAAAGACAGCGAUCCGAAUGAGAAAAUACAAAAUCCUUACUUGAACCUGAAGACCAAUAAGACGCCCAUUCCAGCUCCAAAAUCUCAGCCUUUGCCUCCCGCCCAGCUGUCUGAGCCCAUGACCAAGCCACAGUCACAAGUAGCUCAGCCACAGUACAAACCUUUUCUUACCAACGUGAAUUUACUUCACUCUAAGCCUACCUCUAAAAGUCAGCCCGUUCUUGCAUCUCAGCCUCCUGUGGUGACCAGUCCUUCAAUUGAGCAAAGCAAGACCUCCUGCAGAUCCCCCAGUUCAGUGAGCAGUGCCAACUCCAGCCUUGAGCGUGCCCGCCGCGAGCCCGACAUCCUUCCUCUACGCAGAAUUGACUCCAGUGGGCCAGUUCUUGAGUCUUCCUCUCGAACCCGCCAUUCUUCCUCACCUUCGACCCCUAAGACUCCGGUGGAUGAUCAAAUGGAAGCCCUAUACGCUGACACCAUAAAUCGCCAUGGGAAUCGCCGCUACAUCCCCUUCCAUCCAGGUUCAGGCAGAGACAUAGACACCGGCUCCAUUCCCGGUGUUGACGAGCUCAUUGAGAAGUUUGAUGGCUCAAGUCAUCCGCGCAGGGGCCGGGCGGGCCGCCGAAACAGGAUCAAUCCAGAGGAUCGGAAGCGCUCACGGAGCGUGGACAGUGCUCUUGGCUUGAGAAACGCAAUGAACCCUACAGAUGAGUUCAGCCCCUACCGAGGCACAUCCAUGGAGCACGUCCUCCUGCCUUCACAGCUACGCGGGCAGAAACCAGUCAGUGGUGUUGAUGGGAAGGUUGACCCUAAAUCUAAUGCCUGCAGUGAACCCAGCUCACCCCAGAGCACCAUCCCUAAAAGCCUCGGCUUCAUACAAGGUUACAAAAGGCCACAGUCAAGCUCAUCUUUGUUACCUUUUAAGAGUAAAGAAAGUGAAGCGCCGAAGACUUCAGCAUCCCUGUCAACAUCACUCCCGAGGCCUCCUUCCAAUGAAAAACCUGGUGCAGGGACAGAAGUUCAGGUGACACCUGAUCUCCUCAAGGGUCAGCAGGAAAUUUCCCAGCAAACACAUGAAGAGACAGCCAAACAAAUAUUGUUUAAUUAUCUCAAAGAAGGGAGCAAAGAUAAUGACGAAGCUACAAAAAAGAAGGUCAACCUUGUGUUUGAAAAGAUACAGACAUUGAAGUCUCGAGCCACGGCGUCAACACAAGGCAACACCAAAUCUGCAGACUUGGCUGCACAGACCAAAGCACUGCAGGAGCAAAAUGCUGAACUGGAGAAAGAGAUUACUGAACUGAAGAGGCAGCUGGAAGAGAAAAUAAUGGACAAUCAGACCCAGAAAGAGGCCGAAUUAAGUUUGAAGGAGUUGCAGAAGGAGCUCCAGCGCUGCAUGGAGGAGUGUGCACAGCUGAAGGAAAAACUCGCCAAAGCAGAAGCAGAUCUCCAGAAGGCACUAGAGGAACUUUUCCAGGUGAAAAUGGAGAAGGAGCAGAACCAGACGGAGAUCAGAGACCUGCAGGACCAGCUGUCAGAGAUGCACGAUGAGCUCGACUCAGCAAAGAGGUCUGCUGCUGAUGGAGAAAAAGACGCCAUCAUGGCUGACAUGAUGCAGCUGAAACUGGCGAUGCAGGAAGUUCUCCUUGCGAAGGAGGAUCAGGAGGAGUUGCUGCGGAAGCGAGAAAGGGAGCUAACAGCCCUGAAGGGAGCCCUAAAGGAGGAGGUGGCAGCUCAUGAUCAGGAGGUGGACAACAUGAAGGAGCAGUAUGAGACGGAAAUCAGCAGACUGCAAAAAUCUCUGGAGGAGGCCAGACAGAGCAGCUCGGCUUUGCUCCGCGAGAAGACUGAAGUGGAGACAGCCAAGGGUGCAGCAGAGGGACAGACGGAGCGUCUCAACCAAGAAACCGAGCGACUGCACCGGCGGGCGCACGAGCUGGAAAAUGAAGUGGCCAAGCUCAACCGAAUCGUCGACGAGGCCAAGCUGCAGGAGAGCCAGCUACGGGACAAAGUUGGUCGGCUGGAAAGGGAAAAGAAGCAAACAGAGGAGUCGCUCAAUGAAAUAAAGGAGCAAGAGGAGGAGAUGUCGCGCGCCAACCGGGCUCUGACACUGCGACUGGAAGACGUCCAGAGGAACCUGUCCAAACUGAACAACGAGCACAAAGAACUGGAGGAAAGGCUGCAGGAGGAGAAGUCUCAAAAGGAGCAGUUCAAGAGCAUGAAGAACAACAUCGAGGAUGAGAGGAGGCUGCUGGACCGCACCGUAGAGAAACUUCAGAGGGAGAUGAGUGAUAUUGUGGAGGCGUCGCAGUCGUCCACGAGGGAGCUGCAGGAGCAGAUAGAUAUUUAUAAAGAGAAGAACCGCAGAGAGCUGACAGAGCUGCAGAGGCUUCUGAAGGAACGCGAGGAGGAGCUGGACAAAUACAUGCAGGCCACCAAAGCCCUGGAAGCAGAGUUGUCACUUCGAGAUGAGGACCUGAGGCAGAGCGAGAUGGAGCAAGAAGAGGCUUUGCUCCGACAGAAGAUGCUAGAGGAAAAAUGUCACGAUCUGGAGGUUCAAAUCGAGAAAAACAACCAAGCUAAGGACGAUAAAUCCAAGCAAAUCAAACUCCUGGAGGAGAGGAUCGCUCAGAUGGAGGAGGAUCUGGAGGAAGAACGUCAAAGUGGAGAUCAGUUGAUGGACAGGAUAGACAGAGGAAGAGAACAGGUGGAGCAGAUGAGAAAUGAACUCCUGCAGGAGAGGGCUAGCAGACAGGACCUGGAGUGUGACAAGAUGGCUCUGGAGAGACAGAAUAAGGACCUGAACGCCAGAGUGGCUCAUCUAGAAAGCUCACAGAAGUCCAACAAAGACGGUCUGGUGCCCCAGCUGGAGACUCGCAUCCAUGAGUUGGAGGAGAGGCUGGAGGGGGAGGAAAGGGAGCGGGCCAACCUGCAGCUGGCCAACCGUAAGCUGGAGAGAAAAGUGAAGGAGAUGAUGAUGCAACUUGAUGAAGAGCAUCUGACAAUGCAGGAUCAGAAGGACCAAUUGAAUCUGCGUCUAAAAGCCCUGAAGAGGCAGAUGGACGAGGCUGAAGGGGAGAUUGACCGUCUGGAGCACAGCAAGAAGAAGCUGCAGAGAGACCUGGAUGAGCAACAGGAGGCCAACGAGCACCUUCAGAGCCAGCUCAAAGCUCUGCAGAGUGAAAUACGACGCAAGAACUCCUCUGCUCCGCUGCUCAACAGCCUGGAUGAAGACGACGAUGACGUCAGCACUGACGGCGAGACGUACUUCAGCUCAUCGUCCAGCUACAAGCGCUCGAAUCCGAACUCCAUGCAGGCAACCUUCACCCUUUAGAGAACCUGUGAGGAGGGGCAAUAGGCUUCCCUAACCACUGGACCAAACUGGACUUUCAUGCCGUCUGUAAUGUUAGACCCAAAUGUCUAUAAAUAUUGGUUUUAUGACAGUUCAUAUUUUUAUAAACUUGUCGAACCCCACCCUCUUUUACAGGGUGGUUAUUUUUCCUGGAUUUGAAGUCAGUGUGCAAAUAUUCACUCAGUAUUAUUUCAGCCGCUUUUUAAACAACGAAGGAAAUCAUAGUUUCCCUUUAAUCCAAAAAUAAACACAUUUGGAAGAACAAUUUUGCCUUUAUUCUCUGUUUUUAAAUAAAAAAAACCUGUUCAUGAUUAUUGUAGCUAAUUAAACAAUAGUUCUUGAUUGCUCUGUAAAGCAGCACACCGCCUUACUAUGAACUAACUUGUUUUUAUGCCUAUCAAACUCUGUAAAACGUUUAAACAAUACUGUUUUUAUAGUACUCAUUUUCAAUAAGUUCAUUUGCUUUUCCUAUUAAUGAAUGAUUCUUCAAUCAGAAUUGAUGAAGUGAAUGUUGUCAGGAUGUUUAAUUUAUUCAAGAGUGAGUUUGCAAAUUCUUGACUCAGUGAUUUUUUUUGUAGAGAGCAGAAAGAGUGACUUUGUACACCCUACUCUUGUUUUGAUACUGUUUUAUAUAAACCUAUGUUCAGUUUUAUUGCGUGAUGUCUGUUUUGUCACGUGUGUCUUAACUCUUCAGGUCUCAUUUGUUGUUGUACUAUCAGAGAGGUCUCAGUAUUGCAUUCAUAUCUUCUGGAAAAUAUUCUGAUUUGGCUGCAUUGCUCUAGUUCCUGAACAAAAUUGAAAACUUUUAUGAUUUUUCUGUUUUUUAUUUUCUUAAAUCUCCAUAUUUGUCUUUUUUAGGUCUGUGUUGUGUUAAAACUGGACAUGGAAGGACCUUUUAUUGUGUAAAUGUGCCCAAUCUGUUACACAAACGAGCCUUAUCACUGAUGUUUUUUUUCAUGUAAAUGGUAAUAAAUUGACAAUCAAUGUUGCGUUACUUUAGUGAUUUAUUUUGGUUCUGACUCAGUGUUGACGUCUUUGGAGGAACAGUGAGUUUUUUUUUCUGUGUAUGCUUAUAAAUCCUGUGAAGAUGAAAAUAAAUGUACUCCCAAAUGCUUUGACAAUUA